UAUAAAUAUUUAAUGUUUUUAAAGUGCAGCAGACCAAUGAGCUCAAAGUAAUGACUGAAAAAGAAGAGGAUAAAUCUUAUGAUUAAUGAAUUUAUACUUCUGUUCAGUAGAAGUAAAGUAAAAUAUUCUAUUUUUGAGUGUUUUUUUUUUUUUUUAAAUAAUCAGCCGGAAUUGUCAUUGUACAAAUACAAUGCUGGGUUAAGCCUAAACUAAAGGCUAAUGGAAAUUGGGAAUGUCACUAACUGAAAAUAAUUAUAAAGAAAAUCAGUGAAACAUGGAAGAGAAAAAUACAGAACAACUUUCAGAGCUCUCUGAUUUCAAGAUUGACAGCUCAAAAGGAGAAGAUAGUACAGAUGUGCAGGUUGUAAAAUAUCGAAAGAUGUUGAAUAAAUUAAUACUAACAAUAUUUACAGACAUCAAGAAAGUUGCUGAAGAUCUGGAAAAGCAAGCUCCAGUGUCUCCAACUCUUUUAACCUGCGUUAAUAAUUGUAGAGAAGAAUUUCCUCACAUUUUUGUCAUGGAAAGACUGAGGAAGAAAGACCAGGAGCAUAUGGAAACUGAUGUUGGAGAUAUUAGCAACCUGACUGUGACAACUCUGUCUAGUGAUAAUCAAGGUGUUUUAGCUUUAGGCUUCACGCAAUGGUUACUUUCUCAAUUGAUACGCUUGUUAACUUUCCCAGAACUGAGAGAACUUCAUAAUAGCUGUGUCCAACUGUUAGCUUCAAUCUUAGGAACAGUAAGACUUGGUGAUCUUGUUUCCUUUAGUCAUUUGUGUCAAUCAUUUAUUCAGUUAAUUGUAGAUUUGGAGACCUUCAAAGAAAACUGUUACAGAAGUGGAUAUAAUACCAACAGUCUAUUUACUACUCAGUCAUUUAAAAUUUCUGAGGAGGCUCUGAAAGUGAAUAAUACCAUUAAGGCAGAAGAAAAGCUAAACUUCUCUGUGAUUCCAAUUGUUUUGAAAAGUGUUGAAGGAUGCGAAUGUUUUCAAGUUCAAGUAAUGUUGGUAAUGGAGUUACUAGUAUUUGACUUACUUCAGUUUACACCAGGAAGUAAAGAGAAAUUGUGGAAUGUACUUUGUACCCAACUAGAAUUAGGAGGGAUUAAUCUCAAAGUGGCUACAUUACGUGUGAUGCAAAGUGUCCUUAGUGCAGCUGGUUUACCAGAUGCUCAAACUCUUUUCUGUCAAUUCUUCAGUUGCUUAUUUGGAUUAGUAAAGUUUUGUUGCUCAGAAGAACAACCUAAACACAGCAACAAAGAAGAAUUAGAAACUCAUCUCAGUUCAGUGUUGGAGAAGACAGUCUGUGUUCUAGAUUAUACACCAUUGAUAUAUUCAGUGGAUGGAACAAUAUUGUAUCAUACUGCCAUUGACCUGGUUGAGAUUUUAGAUAGUUAUGGUUUAUAUCACCUUACAAGUGGAAAACUUAGAGUUACAAUUGUUGACACACUUACUUACCUGAUGGGGUACCUUGAGAGGAGAAACUUUUCUAUUCCCAAAAAAUUGAUAGAAUCUCUGAGUGAAGUGCUAUUAAAUCAUUGUGGAAAAAUAGUAGACUCACAGUGUGUCAAGACUACAUUAUUGUAUAUACAAAGAAAGGAGCUCCAGCAGUUGUCUGUCAAAAAUCUUAUGACUCAAGAAAAACCUGUUCAACAUCAAGCAUCCACAAGCAGGUUAUCCAGCAAAAGAAAGAGAGUUAUUGAUGACAUAAAAGGAGGAGAACCUUUGAAAUUUCAAGAGGAUACUUGCAGGAAUCCCUCAUGGAAAUCUCCAGGAAUGAAUGCAAUUCAUAAGAAAAUUUGUGAGUUGACUGAAAAAGCUUGUCAAAAGAUGAAAACUGAGAACCUGGCUGAUGUGAAAUUUCUAAAUGGGCUCACCACAUGUGUGGAUAUUCUAUCCUCUCUAUCAUCAGUGGAAAGUCAGAGAGACAAAAGGAGUGCCACAAGGAUCAGCCCUUUUGCCACUCCUGUACAUCAUCUUAGUAAAUGGAGUGCCACAAGGAUCAGCCCUUUUGCCACUCCUGUACAUCAUCUUAGUAAAUGGAGUGCCACAAGGAUCAGCCCUUUUGCCACUCCUGUACAUCAUCUUAGUAAAUGGAGUGCCACAAGGAUCAGCCCUUUUGCCACUCCUGUACAUCAUCUUAACAAUGAAGACUUGAAUGUGGAAAUACAACAGAAGGCCUGUUUCAUCUUAUCACUUCCUUGGCUAUUGGAAACAUCAACAGAUAUCCAAAAUUUUAAUGUUGGAAAAGUAACCAAUGAACAGAAGUCUCAGUGGGCAGUGGCUGUAACUCAAAUAGUGACAACAGAAUGUCUUCAAGCCUUGAUGAGGCUUCCUGGACAAAUGUUCCCAGAAUGGAGGCUCCAUGUGCUUAGACAUGUUAUGCACAAAAGAAAAGAAGAAAAUGUAGAAGUCCUAUUAUAUAAUUUACCUUUGUUCUGUCAUCUUGUGAAGCAAGAUAGUGACCAAAUUUCAUCAGAAAUUAUAAGGUUAGCUAUUGAGAUGGAUAAUAUCAAACUUCAUGUUGCAGUGGCUGAAAUUCUUGGGAAACUCUGUUGUAUUUUGUCUGGUGAAACUGUGUUAAUCAGAUCUUUAGGAACAUCUUGUCAAGGUGCUGUUAUAUUUCAGAAAAAACAACCUACUUGUUCUCGAUGUCAACCAGAGAAAAUCGAUGGAUUCCUCUUUUCAGACCAAACUUCUGACAAACCAAUCUGGAUUAGUGAAAUACUUCCAAAUCUGUUGAAACAUGAAAACUCAGUUGUUAAAAUAGCUACUUUUUCAAGCCUUCCUUCUGUGUUUGCUCAUGUACCAAUAACAGAACAGUUGCUCAGUUCAUGUUUGGAACUCAUGAAGGAUCCUGUCUUUGAAGUACGCCUUGGUUUCAGUAAAAUUGUACAACACAUGAUUAAACCUUUUGGAAAACCAUACCCAGAGGGUUGGACUGUGCAAUAUGAUGAACUGCUUGUGUCAAAACUGAAAUCAGUUUUUUGUGUUGCACAAAAGAAUAGAAAUAUUCACUUACAAAAAACAGUCCUUUUGACUAUUGGACAAAUAGGAAAAGUGGCUACUGAUAACUUGUUAUUAAUUUCCAUUGUGUGCCUGCUAGAAAGCCUUUUUUCAAAGAUUCUGCUCAUCACAACUACUGCUAAGUUACAGAUGAAAAAGCUUGCUGAGGUUAAGGGUGUUAAAAUGGUUGAUUUGUUCAAACAGUUCAAGCUUCCUAUAUGCAAAUUUCUCAUGGAAGCUAUGCUUGAAUGCUGCAGCCAAGGAUCAGUUGAAGUGCUCUUUAUUUUAAACGAAUUUGUCAGUAUUUUUGGUUAUCAGAAUACCAGGACAUUUUUGUCAAGCACUUUACGCUACAUCUUGCCUCCACUUGCCACUAAAGCUUCUCCUGAAGCUUCGAUGUUGCUGAAAGUAUUGGCCAAACAGAUGCGAAUGCAGAGGCGAGAACUGUUGAUGAACCAUUUUAAAUACAUAUUUUCAUACCUUGUUCGUCACUGCUCUAAAGAAGAAAUGGAAAAAGCACUUACCUAUGUUCAGACUGAGACUGAUAUUGAGAUAGGCAGCUUGUUGAGAUGUGACUACCAGCGAAUACAUAACGAAUUGCUUCUUCACAUCAGCACUCACUAUGAACAAGUCUUCAGUGGGCUUGCAAUGCUGGCAUGGAAAGAAGAAACUUAUGAUGGACCAAAGCCUAUUACAAAACCAGAAGAUAUGGCCAGAUUUUUACAGCCACGACUUUUGGGUUUUCUUGCUUUCUUUGAUUCCCAGUUGCUUAAUGCAAAUUUUCCAUUGGAGGAAAAGAAACUAGCAUUAGGAAGUUUAAAUUCUAUUAUGGAGCUAAUGGGUCCAAAGCACAUUACUACAGUGAGGAUGAAAGUGAUGGCUACUCUAAAGAUAGCUAUUCGUUUUACUGAGGAAGAUUUCCCUCAGAUUUGUGCUCAAGCCUGGAACACAUUUGUUCAUAAUGUGGAAUUGCAAUCUCUUGGAUCUCUUCUUAAUCAGGUGAUGACUGCCUUACUACCCCUUCUUCAGUUUCAUCCACAAGGAGUUGCUGCUAUAUUCCACUUUCUAGUUGUUGAAAACAGGAAGAAACUGAACAAGUACUUCCAUGACUUAUACUUCAUUCCAGAAUUGGCAGAAUUGACUGAAGUUAACUCUGUCUUAAAGGAGUACAUAGAUAGACCCUCUAGACAAGCAGAUUUUCAUUCGUUAUUAAGCCAUUCGCUAAAAGGUGUCAGUCAUGAAAACCUGGAAGUAUGCUUUCAUGCACUGCGUAAAGUGAAACAGCUUCUCUCCUCACAUCAA